AUGGAACAUGAGGCUACCCAGCUAGAAAAGCAGCACGUGCAUAGCGUGUAUGAAAAUACAGCUGCCUACUUUAAUGAUCUACAGAGCAAAGCAUGGCCUCGUGUUCGAAACUUUCUGCUGGAGCAAAAGCCCGGCAGUCUCGUUGCUGACAUAGGUUGUGGAACUGGAAAGUAUCUCAGUGUCAACAGUCAGGUGUAUAAUCUCGGCUGUGAUUACUGUGGACCAUUGGUAGAGAUUGCAAGGAAGAAAGAUGAUGAAGUUCUGGUAUGUGACAACCUUAACCUUCCCUUUAGGGACCAGUGUUUCAAUGCAGUCAUUUCCAUUGGAGUGAUCCAUCAUUUUUCAACCAAACAAAGAAGAAUCAAAGCAAUAAAGGAAAUGGCAAGGGUAUUGGUACCCGGAGGCCAGAUGAUGAUUUAUGUUUGGGCUAUGGAACAAAAAAAUCGUCGCUUUGAGAAACAAGACGUAUUUGUUCCUUGGAACAAGGCCUUGUGCUCACGGCAUUUUUCAGAACCAAAUCAAUCUGGAGAUAAGGGUGAGUUUGUGCAUGCUGUAAAAAGCCAAGACAUACACCCUGCACAGCUAGUCAUCUCUGAUUGCAGCUACCAAACCAGUCUGCAGCCAGAAACUGAUUCAAAACAUUCCCAAAAUACGGACCAUUGCUUAGCCAGAGCUUGCUGCAUGAAAAUUUCUGAGGAAGAAAACAGAUUUUACAGUGCUCUAGGAAGAUCUUUCCGCUCAUGGUUUUUCUCCAGAUCCCUUGAUGAAUCAGCCCUUAGAAAGCAAACCGACAAAAUGAAGCCUCUGAAGAAUGAAGGAGAAUGGGCAAACACCACUGUACCCAUUCAGCAUUCGCGACACUGCAGUUUGGACUUAGGUCACCAUGGGGCACUCUUAAAAGAACAAAGUUUAGAUGAUGAUGAUGUGUUUGUGGAAAGCCUCCCUCUCAAAAAACCAGCGUGGUCACCAGCCACAGAUGCGCUGAAGGAUUUAAGUUUAAAUGGGGGACACCAAAGUGUAGCUCAGAGCAAGAGGGAAGAAGCUUCGUUUACAAAUGGUCCAGUGGAAGACAGGGACUACAGCUGCAGUUGUAACAAAGAUGGUGCUGGUAAGUCCAAUGCCAGCAAGUUUUUCAAAAGAACUUCAACAAAUGACUCCACUGACUCUGCAUUGGAUUCAGCAGUGUCUGUUGGGGACCAAACUGAUGCCAUGUUGGAUACAAAAGCCUUCAUGCGUUAUUAUCAUGUUUUUCGGGAAGGGGAACUGUGCUCCCUGAUAGAAGAGAACGUGCCUGAGCUUCAGAUAGUUUCUUCCUGCUAUGACCAUGGGAACUGGUGCAUUAUUGCAGAGAAAAGAGGAACGUAG